UAAAACCCCCCUCUCCACGACUCUACCCAAAAAUACAAAAAGAAAAAAAAUAAUAAAAACGAAGGAAAAGGAAUGGAUUCUCUUCCUCACCACCAUCUCCUCCCUCUUCCUCCUCCUCCUCGUCCACCGAAAACGUACCCCAAACACCUCCCAUCCUCCUCGGCCUCGGCCGUGGCCUCACCCUCGUCCCUCCGCGUCACUUCCGCCGCCUCUACCACGAUCUCCCCGACGGUCCCGACGACGACGACGAUCACCGAUUCCCCGGCCACCGCCUUUUGGGACUACAACCUCCUUUUCGCCUCCCAGCGGUGCGAAUCCCCCGACCCGAUCCCCCUCCGCCUCGCCGAGGGCUCGCUCCCCGCUGAUUUCCCCGCCGGCACCUACUACCUCGCCGGACCCGGUCUCUUCUCUGAUGAUCACGGCUCCACCGUCCACCCCCUCGACGGCCACGGAUACCUCCGCGCAUUCGAUUUCCGCGUAGGCGGCGGGGUCUACUACUCCGCCAGGUACGUGGCGACCAUGGCGCAGCGGGAGGAGCGCCGCGGGGCGGGGAGCGCGUGGCGGUUCACGCACCGAGGGCCCUUCUCGGUGCUGAGGGGAGGGAAGCGCGUGGGAAACGUGAAGGUGAUGAAGAACGUGGCGAACACGAGCGUGCUGCGGUGGUCGGGGCGCGUGCUGUGUCUGUGGGAGGGAGGGGACCCGUACGAGGUCGAUCCGCGGACGCUGGAGACGGUGGGAGCUGUCGAUUCGGACGGUCGAGGACGAUGCUGGUGGCCGGGGGUGGGGUUGGACGUGGCGGCUCAUUUGCUGAAGCCUAUCCUCGGCGGGGUGUUCAACAUGCCACAAAAGAGGUUGCUAGCGCACUACAAGAUCGACCCCAAAAGGAACAGGCUCUUGCUGCUUUCCUGCAAUGCUGAGGACAUGCUCCUCCCUCGCUCCCACUUCACUUUCUACGAAUUUGAUUGUAAUUUUGAGCUGAAGCAAAAGAAAGAGUUCGUCAUCCCGGAUCAGUUGAUGAUUCACGACUGGGCCUUCACCGAUAGCCACUAUAUAUUAAUUGGCAAUCGCAUCAAAGUUGACGUCCCCGGAUCGCUUCUUGCAGUAUCAGGGCUCCAUCCCAUGAUAUCAGCGCUCUCCGUGAACCCGAGCCAACCAUCGACGCCAAUUUACGUGCUACCUCGCUUCUCUGCGGGCGAGACGAAUAUCACAAAGCGCGACUGGAGAGUUCCUGUCGAAGCUCCGUCACAGCUAUGGGGCAUGCACAUCGGCAACGCCUUCGAGGAGAGAGACGGUGACGGCAACCUGGAAGUGCAACUGCAGGUCUCAGUUUGCUCCUACCAAUGGUUCAAUUUCCAGAGAAUGUUUGGGUACAACUGGAGAAGUGGAAAGCUGGAUCCCUCUUUCAUGAAUGUUGCAGAAGGAAAGGAGAAAUUGCUACCCCACCUGAUCAAGAUGAAAAUUGAUAUCGAUUCAAGCGGAAAUAUUCGGUGCUGUUCGAUUACCGAUCUUUCAGAGCAAUGGAAUAGGCCGGCAGACUUCCCGGCGAUCAAUCCGGACUUCUCCAACAGAAAGAAUACCUUUGUUUAUGCGGCGGCAACAUCAGGCAGCCGAAGAUUCCUGCCGCAUUUUCCGUUCGACAGCGUGGUAAAGCUUAAUACAUCAGAUGGAUCUGUAUCUACAUGGUCCACCACGAGCCGGUCGUUCAUCGGAGAGCCCAUAUUUAUUCAGAGAGGCGUCAAGGAGGACGACGGUUAUGUUCUAGUUGUUGAGUAUGCAGUGUCGGAGCGGAUAUGCUACCUUGUGGUGCUAGAUGCGAAGAGAAUAGGAAGAGCAAAUGCAGUCGUCGCGAAGCUUGAAGUUCCAAAGAACUUGACCUUCCCUCUUGGGUUCCAUGGAUUCUGGGCUAGCAGAUAGCGAGCCGUAUAACACACAGCUUCAUCCUCUUCUGCUCCCUUCUUGCUCUUGUACAGCAACCGUAAGUAUAUGCACUCAAUAUGAAAAGCCAUGUAAUGCAUAAAUAGAAAAAGACAACUACAAACAAAAAGAAAAAGAUACACCAGAGUCCAUUCC